AUGAGGUCUCUCAUCUCUGUGGCCGUUCUGUCGGCUCUGCCGACAGCCUUCUCUCAAGCGAACACCAGCUACACAGACUACAAUGUCGAAGCCAACCCCGACCUCUUCCCGCUAUGCCUUCAGCAUCUCAACGCGUCCUUCCCGGACUGCGCCAGCGGCCCGCUCAGUUUGACCCCCGUCUGCGACCGCUCGUUGAGCCCUAAGGACCGCGCGACAGCGCUCGUCUCGCUCUUCACCUUCGAUGAACUCGUCAACAACACCGGUAAUACAGGUCUUGGCGUUUCACGGCUUGGACUGCCCAACUACCAGGUCUGGGGUGAGGCGCUCCAUGGCGUUGGAAGGGCUAACUUUGUCGAAUCCGGCAAUUUCAGCUGGGCGACGUCAUUCCCCAUGCCAAUCACGAUGAUGGCGGCCCUGAAUAAGACCCUGAUCCAUCAGAUCGGGACCAUUGUCUCCACGCAGCUGCGCGCAUUCAGUAACGCCGGACUCGGCGGAGUAGACGUCUACUCCCCCAACAUCAACACUUUCCGACACCCGGUCUGGGGCCGCGGGCAGGAGACGCCUGGUGAAGACGCAUUUCUUACUUCGGUCUAUGGGUACGAGUACAUUACCGCGUUGCAGGGCGGCGUUGACCCGGAGACGCUCAAGAUCAUCGCAACAGCGAAACACUACGCGGGCUACGAUAUUGAGAGCUGGAAUAACCACUCGCGUCUUGGAAACGACAUGCAGAUCACCCAGCAGGAGCUGUCGGAGUACUAUACUCCGCCCUUUAUUGUUGCCUCGCGCGACGCUAAGGUCCGCAGCGUGAUGUGUUCCUACAAUGCUGUGAACGGGGUGCCGAGCUGCGCCAAUAAAUUCUUCCUUCAGACUUUGUUGAGGGAUACAUUUGAGUUUAGCGAAGACGGGUACGUCUCCGGUGACUGCGGUGCUGUCUACAACGUGUGGAACCCUCAUGGGUAUGCGAGCAACGAGGCGGCUGCGUCCGCGGAUUCGAUUCUUGCCGGCACAGACAUCGACUGUGGAACUUCAUACCAGUGGCACUCUGAGGAUGCAUUCGAGGACAGUCUCGUCUCGCGAUCGGACAUUGAGCGCGGCGUUAUCCGCCUCUACAGCAACCUCGUGCAAGCUGGGUACUUUGACGGCGAAGACGCGCCAUACCGCGAUAUUACAUGGGACGACGUCCUCAGCACCGACGCCUGGAACAUCGCGUACGAGGCAGCCGUCGAGGGAAUCGUCCUGCUUAAGAAUGAUGAGACGCUCCCCCUUUCCAAGGACAUCAAGAGCGUCGCGGUGAUCGGUCCUUGGGCGAACGUCACCGAGGAACUCCAGGGCAACUAUUUUGGCCCAGCGCCCUACCUCAUUAGCCCACUGACUGGCUUCCGCGACUCUGGUCUGGACGUCCACUACGCGCUCGGCACCAACCUGACCUCGCACUCGACAUCCGGUUUCGAAGAGGCGCUCACCGCAGCUAAGCAAGCCGACGCAAUCAUCUUUGCUGGCGGAAUUGACAACACAAUCGAAGCCGAAGCCAUGGACCGCGAGAAUAUCACUUGGCCUGGGAACCAGCUCGACCUAAUCAGCAAGCUCAGCGAGCUCGGCAAGCCGCUUGUCGUCCUGCAAAUGGGCGGUGGUCAGGUUGAUUCAUCCUCCCUAAAAGACAACGACAACGUCAACGCACUCAUCUGGGGCGGAUACCCCGGCCAGUCGGGUGGGCAUGCACUCGCCGAUAUCAUUACCGGCAAGCGCGCGCCUGCUGGCCGCCUCGUGACAACGCAAUAUCCUGCUGAAUAUGCAGAAGUGUUCCCGGCCAUCGAUAUGAACCUGAGGCCGAAUGAGACUAGCGGGAACCCUGGGCAGACGUACAUGUGGUACACUGGGACUCCAGUCUAUGAGUUCGGACACGGCCUUUUCUAUACAACUUUCGAGGAGUCGACGGAGACAACAGAUGCGGGAUCUUUCAACAUUCAGACAGUCCUUACGACGCCGCACUCGGGAUACGAGCACGCUCAGCAGAAGACACUCCUAAACUUCACCGCGACGGUCAAGAACACUGGCGAGCGUGAGUCCGACUACACGGCACUAGUCUACGUUAACACCACCGCUGGUCCGGCGCCGUAUCCCAAGAAGUGGGUUGUUGGGUUCGACCGGCUCGGAGGAUUGGAACCGGGUGACUCGCAGACCCUGACGGUCCCUGUGACGGUUGAGAGCGUCGCCAGGACAGACGAGCAGGGAAACAGGGUGUUGUAUCCUGGCUCUUAUGAGCUGGCGCUGAACAACGAGCGCUCUGUUGUUGUGAAGUUUGAGCUGAAAGGCGAGGAGGCGGUUAUUCUGAGUUGGCCGGAGGAUACGACCUCGGACUUUGUUUCUAGCAUUGACGGAGGCCUUGACAGGAAGCAGGAUGUUAUUGCUUAG